AUGAAUGAAUUAGUUAGGGAAGGUGCCAGUGUGGCCCUCAAGUGCCUUAAGGCAGGGGGAAGAGUGCCACCCUCCUCUACUCCAGUGCCACCCUCUACUCCAGUGCCACCCUCUACUCCAGUGCCGCCCUCCUCUACUCCAGUGCCACCCUCCUCUACUCCAGUGCCACCCUCCUCUACUCCAGUGCCACCCUCUACUCCAGUACCACCCUCCUCUACUCCAGUGCCACCCCUCCUCUACUCCAGUGCCACCCUCCUCUACUCAAGUGCCACCCUCUACUCCAGUGCCACCCUCUACUCCAGUGCCACCCUCCUCUACUCCAGUGCCACCCCUCCUCUACUCCAGUGCCACCCUCCUCUACUCCAGUGCCACCCUCCUCUACUCCAGUGCCACCCCUCCUCUACUCCAGUGCCACCCUCCUCUACUCCAGUGCCACCCUCCUCUACUCCAGUGCCACCCUCCUCUACUCCAGUGCCACCCUCCUCUACUCCAGUGCCACCCUCCUCUACUCCAGUGCCACCCUCCUCUACUCCAGUGCCACCCUCCUCUACUCCAGUGCCACCCUCCUCUACUCCAGUGCCACCCUCCUCUACUCCAGUGCCACCCUCCUCUACUCCAGUGCCACCCUCUACUCCAGUACCACCCUCCUCUACUCCAGUGCCACCCCUCCUCUACUCCAGUGCCACCCUCCUCUACUCCAGUGCCACCCUCUACUCCAGUGCCACCCUCUACUCCAGUGCCACCCUCCUCUACUCCAGUGCCACCCUCCUCUACUCCAGUGCCACCCCUCCUCUACUCCAGUGCCACCCUCCUCUACUCCAGUGCCACCCUCCUCUACUCCAGUGCCACCCCUCCUCUACUCCAGUGCCACCCUCCUCUACUCCAGUGCCACCCUCCUCUACUCCAGUGCCACCCUCCUCUACUCCAGUGCCACCCUCCUCUACUCCAGUGCCACCCUCCUCUACUCCAGUGCCACCCUCCUCUACUCCAGUGCCACCCUCCUCUACUCCAGUGCCACCCUCCUCAUUGUAUUGA